AUGGCACAUACCAUAUCCGACCGCUGGCUCUGGCUCGGGUUUGGCAUAUUCUUUCUCGCUGCCUUGAAAGGCGUGCAAUAUGCCAUUUCCGACAUCAUAAGGCUCACAGAACUCAAGCCACAAGCCUCCCUAGACGAUGAUGGAGACAAGGACCCCGAAGAUAGUAUGUGCGAGCGUAUGUGUAAUCCUCCGCUCACUGACACUUCAUAGCGAUAUCUCUCACCACCCUCGGGACUCUCGCAACGAGUCCCAAUCCGAGCAUCGCGACAGCUGCCAAAAGCAUCAUCAUCCGCCGCUUCGCCGGUCUCCCCAACGCAACCGAAAUCCUGGAAACCGAUCUUCACUCCAAGAACGAUGUCGUUCGCCGACGGGCACGACAAGCAGUCGCAUAUCUCGACGAAUGGGACGAAGACAUUGCUCCAGACCAAUUCGAUGUAGAAGAACUCCCACCUGCAUCAGGAGGCUACAUACGUCAAGAGGAAAUGCGCGAAGUUGGAAGACUUAGAAGACAGAUUCAACUGCUGGAGGGAUCGGGCAUGUCGCAGGAUGACGUAGACCUGGCGAUGGAGGGGAUUAUGAGCAGGCUGGAGGAACUGGGAUUCUCGGAUGUGUCUCAGUUGGGAUUAGCUUCGCCUAUCGUGGGCCUGAAUGCUGAUGCUGAGGCAAGGAGGAAUCGGAGGGAGGCGAUUGUGCUGCAUGAAGGUGCUGGUCGCAUAGAAGAGGACGACAUCAUUCAGCCUGUACGGGAUAGAUGA